UAGGCGGAGGUGGAGGGCGCGCACCUUGGUUCGGUUGAAUAACACUCCACAAGGCCGACCGCUCAUCCCCGGAGCAACAACCGACGCAGCAACGGCGUCGAAAACAGUCCUCCCUGCAAGCUCAAUGGGCAGGAUCCGGUUCGCCCCAAACGUGGCCUUAUAAAGAGCCAGCCCAGCUCAUUAAGAUGCGGCUCAAUCGCUGCGUCGCCGCGAUCGCGAGUUGCACGAAUCGAGAAGCACGAUAAACACCCCAAGGGGUUCGAACCUUGAAGGACAAAAGCUUUGAAACCAGAUGAAGCGGCUGCCGUCGGCCGUCGCCCUGGUGGCCCUGUUCUGCGCGGCAGCCGUUCCCGCGGCCGCAAUUCCCGAGGCCAGGAAGGUGCUGUGUUACUGGAACAGCUGGGCAUUUUACCGGACCGGCAAGGGCAAGAGCACGCCCCAGCGCCUGGACACCGCACCGUGCACGCACAUGGUCUACAACAUCGUCGGCAUUCGCGGCGCCGAAGUGGUGCUCUCCGACCCGUGGAACGACCUCUCCGACAACGGGGGAAAUGGGAACCUUCGGCGCUUCACAAAUCUGAAGAACAAAAAAAGUCAACUGAAGGUACUGGCUGCUGUGGGUGGCCAGAGCCUCGGAUCAGCGCCGUUCAGCAGGAUGGCGCGGUCCGAGACACACCGCAAGAGCUUCGCGGAAAGCGGAGUGUCCUUCUGCAAGAGGUAUCGGCUUAACGGCCUCGUGCUCAACUGGAACUACCCCGGGGGCGGCGGAGGGCGGCCAGAGGACAAGGAAAACUUCGUGGAGUUGCUCAAGGAAAUGAAGGCAGCCUUUGAAAAAGCGAACCUGUCACUUGGAGUGGACCUGUCUGUUGCGAGAGAAAUCGUCGCAGAGGGUUACAACUUGCCCGAAAUUUCAAAGAACGUCCACUUCAUGACAGUCAACGCCUUCGACUACUGGGGAACUUGGUCAGGGAGGACAGGCCCGGUGGCUCCCUUGCACGGGCUCUCUGACACCGAGUACACCACUCCCAGUGUGGAGCACAGCGUCAAAAGCUACCUUAACGCGGGCGCGGAGCCCUCCAAGAUGGUUCUGGCCAUCACGACCCUCGCUCGAUCCUGGACCUUGGAAGACACGCAGAACACCGGCUACGGCACUUUCACGGAUGAGCCCGGCACCGCGGGCCCCUACACCAAAACAGCUGGGGCCCUGGGUUACAACGAGCUCUGCGAAUCUCUCAAGACAAAAAAAUGGACUGUCAGCUUCGACAAGGGCCUGCAGGCACCGUACGCUGUAAACCUGACAAACUGGGUGAGCUACGAAGAUGCCGAGAGCGCGAAAGAAAAGGCUUCUUUUGCCAAGCAACUAAAGCUGGGCGGGAUCGCCAUUGUGACGCUUGACACGGACGACUUCUCCGGGAAUUGUGGAGCAGCCUUUCCAAUUCUUCACUCUGCGUCGAGGGAAUAUUUAUCCACGUAGCAGAUCGAACUCGACGUUUGGUUUUCUUUGUUUGAUAUGUGGUGUUAAUCCGUGAACUGUUCCGUGAAUGAAAAUGAUGAACGCAA